AUGUCCUCACCCAAUCCUCCCUCGCUCAGGAGAAGAGGUCAGUCCGAGCUGGCGCCAGCGUCAUACGGCCCUCUGCGGCAUGGAUCAACUGCUUCCACAAACUCCUCGCUAUACUCAAUGUCAACCAAUUCCUAUGUGCCCAGUCGAACGAGCACUGUCUCGUCACACGCGCCCAGUGAUUUCAUGCCAGAGACUCCUGAGCGCAAGAUAGACCAUCGUGGGCGGUUGGGGAGUUUCGAUACACAGCCCAGCGCUGGUGAGACCUAUGGUAGCAUUCGUCGCUCUUUACGCCCACUACCACAGGCUCCCAACAGCACUCCGCCAAAAGCGAGGCCUUCUUCUUCAUGCCAUGGACGAAGUCAGACUAUAGGUGGUUUCGUGCCACAACCGGACUUUACCUCUCCCUACUCAAAGCCACUGCGCAGUCCAACACCUGAGUUUACAUCACCUUUCUCAAAAUCAUUAAAUAGUCCGUCGCAAGACAGCGCCAACUCCAUCAUUAAAGAGCAAGAUGAGCCUGUUGAACCACGGACGCAGAGUGUGCGCCGUUCACACCACUCCCGUACACAGUCCACUCCCCACGCGCCAUCUUUGCAGACUUCAUUCACAGCACCGGAGCUUCAAACCUUCAAAAAAUCGACAACUGGCCACCUCAGGACACUCUCACAGAUCGCUCAAAGUGAUAGUGAUGAGUUUGCCAUAGCCACGGCUUCCCCUUCCGUUGUGGGCCUACAAGGACGCCGCCGGCUCAAACGUGCCGACUCGGUUCGCGCUGGCCCAAAAUCGAAUGCUACGUCGAGACCAACAGGUGUGUCUGCUUGGACCGCGUCAAACUGGAUGGAUAAGCAGCGUCGUUUCUUACAGGCCUAUGAGUAUUUAUGCCAUAUCGGAGAAGCCAAAGAAUGGAUCGAAGACGUCAUACAGAAACCCAUUCCACCUAUCGUCCAGCUUGAGGAGGCACUACGCGAUGGAGUUACUUUGGCUGAACUUGUUCAAGCGUUAUACCCACACCGCACCUUUCGAAUAUUUUACAGCCCAAAACUCCAAUUCCGACAUUCCGACAACAUUGCACUAUUCUUCCGCUUCUUGGACGAAAUUGAACUUCCGGAAGUUUUUAGAUUCGAGCUGAUAGAUCUUUACGAAAGGAAAAAUAUACCUAAAGUUAUACACUGCAUUCACGCUCUGUCAUGGCUAUUAUUUAAGAAUGGUGUUGUGGACUUUCGCAUUGGCAACCUUGUAGGGCAAUUAGAAUUCGAACACCAUGAACUGGAGCAAACACAACGCGGCCUUGACCAGGCUGGUGUCCCAAUGCCUAGUUUCUCAGGCAUGGGCGCCAAGUUUGGAGCUGAACCUGAACCUGAGCCGGAACCAGAACCUGUUGAGACAGAAGAGGAGAGGAUCGCUAGGGAAUUGAACGAAAACGAAACUUCGAUAUCAGAUAUACAAACACAAGCGAGAGGAGCACUCCUUAGGUUGCGGCUUGGAGAACUAAUGCAAGAACUGUGGGGCCAGGAACACUUGUUAAUAGAUCUCCAGUCCAGGAUACGCGGCGACUGGGCCAGACAAAUAGCUGAGUAUAGACUUGGCAUGCAAAAGUUUGCUACGGACCUACAGUCAGCUGCUCGAGGAUUCAUAAUUCGAUUAAGACAGAAGAAGGACCAAUCCUGGUGCAAAGCAGCGGAACAGCAUAUCCUACAAUUUCAGUCCUUAGUUCGAGCCAAAAAGGCAAAAUCUGAAGUCCAGCUCCUACAUACCCUGGCACGUAAGGAAGAACAUGGAAUUAAGAGUUUCCAAGCUGCCAUUCGUGGUGCUCUUGCAAGGAAGCAUGAAAAUGACCGGUAUGAAGAGACAAAAGAUGCUGAAGGCGCAAUUCAAGCAUUUCAAUCAGCGAUUAGAGGAAUGUUGUUACGACGGACAGUGCAUCUAGAUAAAGGUUGUCUUGAAACGAAAGCCGCGGCUGUCACUGACAUACAGUCAAUUGUUCGUGCAAUGGUUACCCGUAACAGGAUACAGGGCGAAAAGGCUAUGCUGGCUAGUUUUAGCCCGAAAUGGCUGAAAAUACAAUCAGCCGUUCGAGCAAAUGCUACGCGUAGCAAGGUAGAAGAAGACAAGGCCAUGUUAGCCAAAUUUACCCCAAAUUGGUUGAAUAUUCAGUCAAUCGUUCGAGCAAAUGCUAUUCGCAGCAGGGUAGAGGGGGAUAAAACCAUGUUGACUAAAUUUAUCCCCAAUUGGUUGGAUCUUCAGUCAAUCGUUCGAGCAAAUGCUACUCGUAGCAGGGUAGAAAGUGACAAAGCUAUAUUGGCCAGAUUUAACCCUAAUUGGUUGGAUCUUCAGUCAAUUAUACGUGCAAAUGCAUCACGUAGCAAAAUAGAAGGGGAGAGGGCGAUGUUGGCAAAUUUUAGUCCCAAUUGGUUGGAUCUUCAAUCCAUUUCACGAGCAAUUGCAGUAAGAAGAAAGAUUGAGGAGACAAAGAAAGAAUUCAGCAUCCACGAGGCGUCCAUCACUGACCUACAGGGGUUCAUUCGGGGACAACUGCUUCGUGCCAAUAUCGAAGCCUGCAAGAGUGCUCUUGUCGCUAGCACAGAUAACAUUACUUCGAUCCAGAGCAGCGUGCGAGGUUUCUUACUACGGCAGGCCCAAAUCAGAGAUAUGGAAGCUCUGCUAGAAGAUAAUGAGAUCAUUUCUCGUUUGCAGGGUCUUGCACGAGCAGCUAUGCUACGAAUAGAUGUUGGAGAUCUCUUAUCUGAGCUAGACGCUUUCACGAAUGAAAUUACCCAGCUCCAAGCUCUAUCGCGAGCGGUGCUAGUCAGAGCCGAUGUCGACAAUGUUUUAGGUGAGCUAGAGGCGGAGGAAGACAUGGUCAUGGAACUCCAAUCCCUUGCUCGGGCAAGCAUGGUGCGCCAACACUUUGCGGAAAAGCAACGGUUUUAUCGCGAAAACAUGGAGAAAGUUAUCAAAGUCCAAAGCUUUGUAAGAGGUAAGAUACAAGGACAAGCAUACAAGAGCCUCACGAGUGGAAAGAAUCCUCCAGUUGGAACAAUCAAGGGCUUCGUUCACCUGUUGAACGAUAGCGACUUUGACUUCGACGAAGAACUUGAAUUUGAGAGAUUGAGAAAGACAGUCGUUCAACAGGUGCGACAAAAUGAGAUGGCAGAUCAGUAUAUCACCCAAUUAGACAUCAAGAUUGCUCUUCUUGUGAAGAACAAAAUUACCCUUGAUGAGGUUAUCAAACACCAAAAACACUUUGGUGGGCACGUUGGUACCGUCCUGUCGAAUUCUGAUAUUGCUUCCAAGGAUCCGUUUGAUCUAAAGGCCCUGAAUAAGACAUCGCGAAAGAAACUGGAACAUUACCAGGAGUUGUUCUUCAUUCUUCAGACCCAGCCACAGUAUCUGGCUAGAGUUUUCCGGCGGCUGCGAGAACAGGCUGUUUCCGAGCGUGACUGUGAUAGGAUAAAACAUCUUGUCAUGGGCUUAUUCGGUUACUCUCAGAAGAGGCGUGAGGAGUACUACUUAAUCAAACUUAUUGUACGAUCGGUGAAGGAAGAAAUAGAUCACUCAGCUUCUCUACAGGAUUAUAUUCGAUGCAAUGCCUUCUGGACCAAGCUGCUGGCUGCCUAUAUCAAAACACCCCGGGACAGGAAGUUCACCAAAGACCUAUUUGGUCCCCUUGUCAAAGAAGCCAUCAUCGAUAACGUUGAUCUCGACUUAGAGAGCGAUCCCAUGCAAAUUUAUCGCUCCGCUAUUAACAACGAGGAGCUGCGCACAGGGAAACGAAGUCGGCGCAGGCCAGAUGUUCCUAGAGAAGAGGCAAUCAGAGAUCCAGAGACAAGAGAAACUUUCAUCCGCCAUCUUCAAGAUCUUCGUGACAUCGUUGACCAAGUUUUAGCUUUGUUGGAAGAUUCAUUACAUCGUUUGCCAUUUGGAAUACGGUUCAUUGCCCAACAGAUGUACGAACAAUUACUGGCUAAAUAUGAAGAAGAAGACAGAGGGUAUAUUCUCCAGCUAGUCGGACAAUGGGUAUGGAAGAGUUAUCUACAACCCGCUCUUUUGGACCCAGAAAGAUCAGGUGUUGUGGAACGUGCUUUGACGCAGGAGCAGAAGAGGAACCUGGGAGAAAUUGGUAAAGUUAUGGGCCAAGCUGCCUCCGGAAGACUCUUUGGCGCCGAGAAUGUCUACCUCCAGCCACUGAACACUUAUAUCGGUGAAUCCAUACAGCGGCUUGGUGGAAUAUGGGGAAAUAUCAUCACCGUCCAAGAUGCCGAAGCAUUCUUUGAUAUCAAUGAGUACAAUGACUUGUAUGCCAAGACAAAGCCAACUCUAUACAUCAAAAUGUCCGACAUCUUCUCGAUUCAUCAGCUUAUUGCUGCUGAAGCCCCGUAUAUUUGUACUAGCCCUGAGGAUACCCUUCGAGAAGUCAUACGUGAUCUUGGAAGUGUGAAGAGCAACGAAAAUGAGCUCUUAAGCGUCAGCUCCUCCGAGAUUAGUCUUACGUUAACUCCCAAGCUGCAUAACAUGGAGGAUCCAGAUGCUGAAAUCAAAGCUCUCCUGGUUGAAACAAAACGCUGUAUCCUAUACAUUAUUCGAGUUCAAUCCGGUGCUAAUCUUUUAGAGAUUCUUGUUACACCACCAAGCAUUGAGGAUGAAGAACGAUGGGCAGAUCUUGUCCGCGACGAGCUGUCGACCGGUAAUCGAAAACGUGGCGCCUACUCGGAUACCAAUACACUAAUUGAUAUCGGUGCUAUGUCAUACACCGAAUUGAAACGGACAGCGCUCCAAAAUAUUGUUGAGCUCGAGAAGGCUGGAAGAAUCAGCCGGCAUAAUCAGUAUCAAGAUCUGCUGAAUGAAAUCGCCGUCGAUAUCAGGACCAAACAUCGGCGCAGAAUUCAGCGACAGCGAGAGCUUGAAAAUGUCCGCUUAACCCUGGACCGACUGAAUGACCAAUCCAGCUAUCUUGAAGUACAAUUAAAGACGUACAAUGACUAUAUCGAACAAGCUAUGAUCACGCUACAAAAUAAGAAAGGGAAGAAACGAUUCCUAAUGCCAUUCACGAAACAAUGGGACCAUGAACGGGAACUUCAACGAUCAGGCCGUGUUUUCAAGUUUGGCUCCUACAAAUACUCCGCCCGCAACCUUGCGGAUAAGGGAGUUCUUGUUCACUGGAAAGGCUACACGGAACGACAAUGGGACCGUGUCGAUCUAACGAUCUCAAGCAAUGCAGUUGGUAUCUUCACGAUUGAUGGGAGCAGUGGCAACAUGAUGGUUCCUGGAGCAAAUGCACAGGUUCCACUAGAUGACCUGCUGCAGGCCCAGUUCAACAACACGCAGUUUAUGGAUUUGUUUGAGGACCAGUUACGCGUCAACGUCAACCUGUUCCUGCAUCUAAUCAUGAGGAAAUUUUACAAUGAAUAA